AUGGACAUACAAAGUGAAGCAGCAGCAGUUGUUGAAGAAAUUCGAGCGUCAGCAGAUUGGCCCCAGGAUGGAAAUAUGGAGCUUAGAGAUUUGAAGAUUAGGUAUAGGAAAGAUACCGCCUUCGUAUUACAUGAAAUCACUUGCAAGUUUGAAGGUGGAGAUAAGAUUGGUAUAGUUGGUCAAACAGAAAGUGGCAAGACAACAUUAAUUGAUGCAUUGUUUCGUCUUGUUGAACCGGCUGAAGGAAAAAUAAUUAUAGACUCGGUGGGCAUCAGUACACUAGGCUUACAUGACUUGCGUUCGUGUUUGGGUAUUAUUCCGCAAGAUCCAACACUUUUUCAGGGGACAAUAAGAUACAGUCUAGAUCCACUUGGGCAAUACUUAGAUCAACAAAUAUGGGAGGUUCGUGACAAAUGUCAACUUCGUGAAUCUGUACAGAAGAAAGAACAGGGGUUGGAUUCUAGUGCUGUGGAAGAUGGGUCGAACUGGAGCAUGGGCCAAAGGCACCUCUUCUAUCUGGGACGCGCACUUUUGAGGAGGCACAGGAUCUUAGUUCUUGAUGAAGCCACAGCCUCUAUAGACAGUGCAACGGAUGCUGAUAUCCUGCAUGUUGAUGUAUAUGGUGCUGUGCAUGCUGAUGUAUAUGGUGAUGUUCAUGCUGAUGCAAUGGUGCUGCUCUCCACACUAGAUGAUCAAGAAUGA